UUACUCAUUUUCCUUUGCCCGUGAACGAGGUUCCGUUACAGUUCUAACGUAAAGAGGCGCAAUCCACACGUGAAUGAUCCGAUAUUUGUCGUUCGCGAGUGCAGUGGCCGUUUUAACCGUUAUGUCUGCCAAGGCAACAGCAUCGUAGUGACGAAGAAAGUAAGCCAUUCUGCGGAUUAGCUUUCUCAGCUCUUUUCAUCCGAUCCGAGCACACGGUGAAGGUGGUGCUGUGGGAUACAAAAUUUUAUGUGUUUUUAAAGUAUUUGUGAGCAGCUUAUUUGCCAACAACCACGUGAAUGAAAUGAAACGAUUCUCUGAAAGUGAAGUUACAUCGGUAGAAAUAGAGUGGUAACCUAACAGGCGGUAGUGUGUGUGAGUGCGUUUGCAAACCGGCACGUUCAAAUGUGAUUGCGAAAUAUGCUUCGGUAGCUUUAAGUAAAAAAAAAUAGUCGUUGUGUUCCAGGCGCAAACCUAACCGCAGGUCUUACACGGUGGUGCGCCCAUGUGCAUAUGAUUAGAGCGGGCGUGCGUGCGUGCAUCAGUGCGUGCAAGCAAAAAAGUGAAAGUGUUCUCACUCGUAGGGCUCAUCUAAAUGGUGCAUUCCGUCGCCACAGGCAGCAGCAGCAGCAGCAAUGACGCAAGCAAAGGAGGAUCUAUCCAAGGAUAUUGCGCCGGCGGGCGACGGAGGGGGCGGUACCGGUAUCGGUGCCGCAAUCGGUUUCCAUAAUCAUCCCCAGCAACAUCAUGCUCAUCAUCACCAGCAGCAGAUACAACAUCCACUGCACCCACAUCAGGAGCAUCCGCUUGAAUCGUCCGAAGACCAUAGGAAGUACGUGUUUCCGGGGUCGUCCCAGACGACCGGCUCGCAGGCGGUACAAGCCGCCCAGCUGAUUGGUGGUGGGAUGAACUCCAUGGUCGGCACUAACUCAAAUCCGUCGGCCGGCCGAAUAAUGCUAGAAUACCAGCGUCCCACCGGCGGAGGCCACUCGCGAUCGGUUAGCCAUGGUGAAGGUUCGUUUGGUGGGUCGCUUGUUGGUAGUGGUGGCGCAGCCGGACGACCUUCCGCCUUGAAGUCGGCAGUCAAGGGAGGUCAUCAGAGGGCCUUAUCGCAGGGCCAAAUCAUGGAUGCUCCAACGAUCGCAACCCGCGGACACAGCAGGGUUGGCUCGAAAACGGAUUUUAUCCUGCCUCCCGGUCACAAGGAUCAACCGGAGCAGCGAGACACAGCUCCGCCACACUCGGCCACCUCCAUCAAGGGCCAUUCGCGGCAAGCAUCGCGAUCCGAAUCUAUCUACACGUUACGCCGAGCUGACAAACCUCCCUGGUGGAAGCGGAUCAUGUUCUGCCGGACGGCCAACAGUAAGCUGGAGGAUCGGGGCUAUCGGAUAGUCGUCCCGAAUCAUACCGUACCGCCGAAAACGCCCAAGCGAGACCAUCCGAAUGGGCGCCUGUGCGGCAAUAAGAUCCGUACCACAAAGUACACGCUGCUUUCGUUCGUGCCGAAAAAUUUGCUCGAACAGUUUCAUCGCAUCGCGAACUUGUACUUCAUCUUCAUCGUGCUGCUGAACUGGUUCCCGCAGAUCAAUGCGUUCGGGAAGGAAAUUGCCAUGAUCCCGGUACUGUUUGUGCUCGGCGUAACUGCGAUAAAAGAUCUGUUUGAGGAUCGCCGACGGAAAGCGUCCGAUAAGCGGAUCAACAACUCAACCUGCCGCGUGUACAACGGGGAAUCGGAACGCUACAAGAAAGUGCUCUGGCAAGAUGUGCGUGUUGGUGAUCUGAUCCAUCUGUCAAACAACGAAACUGUUCCGGCCGAUAUACUUUUGCUCAAGUCAAGCGAUCCGACAGGUGUGUGCUACAUCGACACUUGCGAUCUGGACGGCGAAACCAACUUAAAGAGACGUCAGGUGGUGCGAGGGUUUGUCGAGAAGCAGCACAUCUUUGCACCGAAUAAGUUCACCAGUCGCAUCGAGGUCGAUGCACCGUCAACAAAAAUCUACCGCUUCCACGGUGCUGUGAUACAUCCCUCAGGCGAACGUGUCCCAGUAUCAACUGAAAGUUUGCUAUUAAGGGAAAGUCGCCUAAAGAACACGGACUAUGCGGAAGGAAUCGUUGUCUACGCAGGACACGAAACCAAAGCUAUGCUGAACAACAGUGGUCCCAGGUAUAAGCGAUCCCGAGUCGAACAACAGAUGAACAUAGACGUGAUAUGGUGUGUUAUCAUAUUGAUCGUGCUUUGUAUCAUCGGUGCCGUCGGAUGUAAGCUAUGGCUUGCUUUCUAUGCUAACGAUUCUGACAAUGACGGUACGUCUAACGGCGGUAAUAACGACACAUUCCGAAUACCGUUCCUGCCGUUCGAGAUCAGUCCCGAGUAUGAAGGAUUUCUAGCAUUUUGGACGUUUGUCAUAAUUCUUCAGAUUAUGAUUCCGCUCUCACUAUACGUCACGAUAGAGCUGUGCAAACUGAUGCAGGUAUAUCACAUACACAAUAACAUUGAGCUGUACGAUCCGGACUCGAACAAGCGGACCGAAUGUCGUGCGAUGAACAUCACCGAAGAGCUCGGUCAAAUACAGUACGUUUUCUCGGAUAAAACGGGCACGCUGACGGAAAAUCGUAUGAUAUUCCGACGCUGCACGAUCGUGGGUGUGGACUACAACCAUCCUGAGACGGAGGAAGAAAGGGAGUUGAAUAAAAUCGGCGCACCUGUGCCAAUUCUUCAGCCCAAUCUAAGUUUGCUGGAAAACUUCCGAGGAAGUGCACAGCCCUUGCUAGAGACAAACCAAGGAGUGGGUCGAAAUGGCAGUGAGGCUGGAAAUGAAACCGUCGCCAAUCAAAUACAGGAAUUCUUUCUGGUGCUUGCUAUAUGCAAUACCGUGGUCGUUAGUGCGACUCCUCACAGGGACAACAUGAAUGCGAGCGGUGUGAUCGAGAUGAAUGAUAGUGAUACCAGCGUUACGCUUGUUCGUCCAGCUUUGGUUGACUCGGACGGUGGAAGUCUCCCUCUAACGGCAUGUGAUCCUAACAUCGGAGAUCGCUAUGCCCGACUGACGGAGUCUCGAUCCAUUACACCUUCUCCGCCGCCGAACGCACCGUCAUCACUGCCCUUAAAAGCAGCUCAUGUGCCAUCACUGUCACCAAUAAGUAGCUCGGCGGAAACGUCACCUAUGUCGGAAAGCCCACCGAUGCGGCUCAAAUCACUGACUACGCCGACAGCAAGGGUGAAAUCACUGGUAGCUAAGCUGGGUAACGUAGCCAGCGGUGGGAAGGGCAGCGGAGUUUUUAAGAGCGCCGACAGGAGCAGCACUGGCAGCACCAGUAGCAGUAAGAAUCGAUUUGCAUCUAACAACAGUAGCAGUGGCGCAUCAAAGUUCCACAAGUCCUUCUCGCAGGGUUCAACAUCGCCCGCCUCUAUCCGGCCUAUUUACGAGGCGGAAAGUCCGGACGAACUGGCCCUCGUCAAUGCUGCAUUCAGCUACGACUGUUGCUUGGUAAACCGAAGCCCAAACCAUGCCCUCGUGAGUGUACCAGGUGAAGGCGUUAUUGAGUACGAGGUGCUGAAAGUGCUUCCCUUCGAUUCCACCCGCAAGUGCAUGUCCGUGGUAGUACGACGAACUGGUACGCAGGAUGUGGUGCUGUACAUUAAAGGAGCGGACAGUAGCAUCAUGCCCAAUCUCGUACCUUGCACACCAGGCUCGGAAGAGUACCGUUUGCGGGAGCAAACACAACAUCAGCUAAAUGUGUAUGCACGACAAGGUCUGCGUGUGCUAGUCAUGGCCAAACGAAAGCUGGAUCCGACCGAUUUCAGCGAAUGGUACAGCAAGCAUGAGGAAUGCGAGUUGAGCAUGGAGAAUCGGGAACGCAAAAUUCGUGAUUCAUUCGGAACACUCGAACGAGGCCUUACCCUAGUCGGGACGACCGGUAUAGAGGAUCGCUUGCAGGAAGGUGUGCCCGAGACUAUUAGCUCGCUGUUGCAAGCCGGCAUCGUUAUUUGGGUGCUGACAGGCGAUAAGGCCGAGACGGCGAUUAACAUUGCAUACUCGGCGAAGCUGUUCAACUCGCAGAUGGAUAUUCUAAAGCUAACGGCACGAUCGCGAGACUCGGCGGAAGCGAGCAUAAACUUUUACCUCAACGAAAUCGAGAAACAGCUAAACUCUAACGGCGCCUCCAACGAUGAAGACGCGUUUGAUCAGCUGGAAAAACCGCGUGCACUUGUGGUGGAUGGGAAAACGUUAACCUUCAUACUGGAUCUGCGAUCCAACCUCACCAAGCCAUUCCUAAGACUGACCCGUUACUGUUCAUCCGUAUUGUGCUGCCGAGCGACACCACUGCAGAAAGCUUUCCUCGUGAAGGUGGUUAAAGAAGAGCUUCGUAUCAGUACUCUAGCUAUUGGCGAUGGAGCAAACGAUGUUUCUAUGAUACAGAUGGCCGACGUCGGAGUGGGUAUCUGUGGACAGGAAGGCAUGCAAGCGGUAAUGGCUUCGGACUUUUCCAUUGCCAAGUUUAAAAUGCUAGAAAAAUUGCUGCUCGUUCAUGGACAUUGGAAUUACGAUCGAUUGGCGCGUAUGAUCAUAUACUUCUUCUACAAAAAUGCGGCAUUCGUGUUUCUUCUGUUCUGGUAUCAGUUUUACUGUGGAUUUUCCGGUGCUGUCAUGAUCGAUCAGGUGUACUUAAUGAUCUACAAUUUACUAUGGACUGCAUUGCCGCCGAUGGCGAUUGGGGUGUACGAUAAGAAGAUUAUCGACGACCUUCUGUUAACGUAUCCACAGUUAUAUCAGCAUGGUCGUCGGGGGAAGGGCUAUAAGUGGUCAUCGUUUUGGAUCGUGACGCUCGAUGCGGUGUACCAGAGUUUGGUGAUUUUCUUUGUAGCGACGGCAGCGUACUGGGGCUCAGAUGUGGACCUGUGGGUAUUUGGUACAACUAUAACGACCUCCUGUUUGUUUACGAUGCUGCUACACUGUGCCAUAGAAAUUAAAUCAUGGACAAGCUUGCAUGUCUUAUCGAUAGUGAUUAGCCUGGUGUCGUUCUACGCGUUUGCAUUUGUGUACAAUUCAGUUUGUGUCAACUGCUUCGGAUUGCCGUCCAAUUACUGGGUUAUCCAGAUGAGCAUGAGUACAAUACAGUAUUAUCUGAUUACGAUACUUUCUUCCGUACUUGCCCUGUUACCACGAUUUACAUAUCGUGUAAUCAUAAAUACCAUUUGGCCCUGCGAAGGUGUACGGGUGACGCUGCAGUACAAAGAAGAAAAACGAAGAGGUGAGAAUCUGCUGGUAACCUGGUCUCGUUCGACGUCUGCCUCAUCCAUAUUCAGAACCUCCCAUCACAGGGCUUCGCAUAAGGAUGUAAUCGGCAGAUGACGUGACUAUUUUGAAAAGUAUCCUCAAAAUGCUUUGCUUCAUCAGUCAGCAAUCAGCAACAAGCUUUUCUAAUUCGAACACCUAAGCGAACUUGUUAAUAGAAAAUGUAUAACUAUUAAUAGAAACCAACAAGAUAACACAAACUACUGCUCGGAAGGAAAAUAACCGAAAUUGAAACGCGCAUAGAAAAAAAGGCUCUACUUUCCAGUGAUACCCAAAAAAACAAUCAAAAGAAACGUAACAGGAACAUUGUUCUGGCGGCCUUAUCAAGUUAAGCUGUUGAACUGAAUUUCUCUCGUAGAAGUGCAUACAUCAAAGUGUACGAAUGGUCCAUAUCCUAACCCUUUUUGUAUUAAAAUGGACAAGCUCGUGCAUAUGUAAAUGAGAAACGCUUUGUAGAAAUCGAUAAUGAAACGCAAAGUUUUGGAUAAAAGAAAUCAGUUAUUUAUUACCGAGCUGUGUUUUCAUAGGAGCGUACAGAGGAAAAAACAAAUGGAUUCUCCUUUAAAAGCCUGGAUGGAUAAUUGAUCGUUGUUGUUGAGAACGUUAAAGUUAAUAUUAACGCGGAUAAGUAAAUAUAGAUGCUGCGACCACGGCUGUGAAUGUGAAUGCUUGAUUUGGGGCGCUCCGUAAAGAACUGCGAUUUGACAUGAGCAUCUUUGUUGAUUUGAACAUGCGAGGAAAAUAAUACAAUAAUUUAAAACUAUCCUAGACGACAAUAAAAAGUGAUGGCGGUCGCAACAAUGGAAAACGUUGGUAAUGAAGUAUGCAUUUAAUGUAGACAAAUAACACAGAAUUAGUAUAGCUAAACGGAAUCGAAAAGACGACCAAGUGCCUCUAACGUGCUGACGAGAGGACGCUUUAUAGAGUAUGUGUAUAAUCGCUAAACUUUAACAUAAUUUAACUACCGCUUAUUGUAACGCUUAUUGUAAAGAGAAGACACUGGAGACAGUGUGCAUAAGUAGCGCUCACGCUAAUAGUACGAAGAAUUAGAAAGGAUUGUGUGAAAUGAAAUGAUGCUACCAUCCGCAGCUGCUUGAAGUGUAGAAUUAUACACGUUUGGUGCAAACUUCGUGCUUAGCGCUUUUUGUGCAACUCGGCAUGUGAAAUUGCAAAUAAAAAAAACACCUCGAAGACCCAACAUCUGACGGAACUGGCCCUAGCAGAGUAGUAGGGAAUAGAAUUUAAAAAAACAACUCUCCUGUGGGAAUGUUCGUUGUACAUAUGUAUUCCGCAAAUCAUGGAUCGUGGAAAGAGUGAUCGCAAGUGUUCGUUGGAAAGUAGCAAUUACAGGCACCGCACCGUUAAAAAAGAAACAGAUGGAAUAUUUUUUAUACAUUGUGACAACAAUAAAAUGA